AUGGAUGUUGUAGCUGAUGCCACUACACGAUUGAUCGAAGGUAUCAUAACCUUUAAUAAAGAUUACUUGAAUGAUCUUCAAGUCAAGCAAAAGACAAAUGAAUUUUUUUUUCUCAAGGUUGAAGAAUGUUUGUCUGAUAUGAAGGAGGUUGAAUUGGAUCCGAUCCGGAAUUUGGUGCUUCGACUCCCAACUAAUGCUCCUCACCCAGUGUACGUUUCACAUGGGGGAGAUAGAGGGGUUGGAUCGUUGAAUGUUUCAGAAGAAGAUAUUGGAUUUGGUGUGGGGAAAGUUAUAUCUACUCAAAUUCCAACAACUAUCAUGAUGAAGAUCAUUGUCUCAACUUCAACAACUAGAAUUGACACACAAAAAGAGAGCUCAAACAAAAGGAGUCUUGAUUAA